CCGCGCUCAGUUCCCGGCCCCGCGCGCUCAGUUCCCGGCCAUGGUGCAGGCCUGGUACAUGGACGAUGCGGCCGACGACCCGCGGCGGCCGCACCGCGCCGAGCCCGCGCGCCCUGUUGGCCUGGAGCAGCUGCGCCGGCUCGGGGUCCUUUACUGGAAGCUGGAUGCGGACAAAUACGAGAACGAUCCGGAAUUAGAGAAGAUCCGGAAAGAGAGAGACUACUCCUGGAUGGACAUCAUCACCAUAAGCAAAGACCAACUGCCGAACUACGAGGAAAAGAUCAAGAUGUUCUUUGAGGAACACUUACACCUGGAUGAGGAGAUCCGCUACAUCUUGGACGGCAGCGGGUACUUUGACGUGCGGGACCAGGAGGACCAGUGGAUCCGGAUCUCCAUGGAGAAGGGGGACAUGAUCACCCUGCCCGCCGGCAUCUACCACCGCUUCACGCUGGAUGAGAAGAACUACGUGAAGGCCAUGCGGCUGUUCGUGGGAGACCCCGUGUGGACGCCGUACAACCGGCCGUCGGACCACCUCGAGGCCCGGACACAGUACCUGGAGUUCCUGGCGCGGACGGCCUAGCGGCCCCUCAUGACGCAACACGGAGUCUGUCCCUUUCUCCUGCUUCAGAAUGCGUUUUAAUGGAUGGAGCUAUGGAGCUGGUUGCAUGUGCAACCAGCUGGAAAUCUGGGCACGUGAUUCACUUCUCUGAUUUGGGGUCAGGGGUCAGGGGUCAGUGGCCCCCCACCAGCUCCAGCCUUCAGCUCUGACCAGUGAGUUUCAUCUCCCCAAAUACAGCCACUUACUGCCUGAUUCUCGGGCUUUAGGCAGGUGCCAGGCGAGGCCACACCUGCCCUGUGCAGACGUGUGACAGUGGGUGACAGGAUGGGUGGGAGGUCACCCACUUUUCUCCCAAAACACAGGGGUGCUGGGGGGGCAGCUGGCAUGUUGGGGGGCAUGCACUCGCUUAAGCCACUUUCUUGUUCAAAAUAAAGUAGCUGCCUUAACACUGUG